UGAAAAAGAAGAAUUUACUUUUUAGGUUAUAUAUAUUUUUUCACAUAAUAAACCAACAUUCGUAGUGAUCUGUUGGUUUCGUAGAACUAAUCAGUCGAAUUGUGGUGUAUCCCAAUUCAUUAUUAUGACUACAAAAAAGGUGGGAAACUUUAUAAUUUUUGGAUCCGUUGCGGUCGGUGGCUUUUUGGCAGGAACUCAUUUUCAAACACAUAAGUUUUAUAAUUAUAAUAAUAUUAAGAUAAAAAGACGUCCUGGGUUGCCUUUAUUUGGAACUGUAUCAGCAGCAUCUCCUGUCUUAAUACCAGAUGCACCACAAACUAAUGUCAGCAGAGUCUCUCAAAUAAUGAAAUAUGGAUUUCCAAGCUUGGAUAAUGUAAGAUCUUUUGAUGAUUAUGUUUUAAGUUAUGAUAGAAGAAAUCGAGUGGCCCACUGGGUUUUUGAACAUAUCACUGCAGAAUCUGUGAAGCACAACCCAGAAGUUGAUAGAUCCAAAUGUGAAUUUAAACCUGAUGAAAGCAUUCAUCACUAUUUCAGGUCAGAAAAUGCAGAUUACAAAAAGUCUGGUUAUGACAGAGGACAUUUAGCUGCAGCUGGUAACCACAAGUCUCACCAAAAGCAUGUGGAGCAAACAUUCUUUUUAUCAAAUAUGGCUCCACAAGUAGGCAAAGGGUUCAAUAGAGACUCUUGGAACCGCUUGGAGAAGCAUGUUAGGAAGCUAACAAGGGUUUAUAGCAACGUCUACUGUUGUACAGGUCCCCUGUAUUUACCUCGGAGAGAGUCUGAUGGAAAAUACUAUGUGAAAUAUGAAGUUAUUGGUUCCAAUCAUGUGGCUGUGCCUACUCACUUUUACAAAGUUGUUGUGGGAGAAUGCCCCGAUGGAAAAUUGGAAAUGGAAUCUUAUGUAAUGCCCAAUCACAUGAUAGACAAUGAUGUGCCAUUAACCAGUUUCCAGGUGCCACCUGAUAGCAUAGAGAAAGCGGCAGGUUUACUAUUUUUUGACAAUAUUUCAAGGAGCAAAAUCAGCAAAAUUAAUGGAAAGAAAAACUAACAAAACCAGGAUUUGAGUCUGUGAUAUGAAUUUUGUGUUUGUAA